GCAGGAGGCCCACAUCUUGCAUCUCCGGAGACGUACGCUCAUAAGAACUGUAACAGUCGUGUUGAGAUGAACAUCAAUAACAAGUACAAGCCCAAGAAGGACCACAAGCACAAGCACAUUCGAGAUCAUGAGAACAAAAAUGCUAGUACCGCUGUUCUUGUUGAGCCACCUCCAGCACUACCACAGCGUGGUGAGCCAUUGAAUAACGACAUAGGAGCGCCGUUGCAGAGAUAUCUCGCGUCAUG